AAUACUCAUUUUAGACCAUGAGCAAAAAACCCGUUUGCUGUUGUUCUGUUUUCAUGGGUGCAGUUGUUUACCAUGUCGGUUUAACUGUGAGAUAAAAACACAAAGUGAGCUUGUGUCAGUAUUUUGUCUUAGAAUGAAUAACUCAGUAACUUCUGCUACUUAUAUUCGGAGCCUCAGUUACAGUUUACGUCGCAGGUUGUCCGACUUUUUAGACCCUCAAGACAGGUGGAAAGAUGUUAUUACCUCGAUACGGAAGCCGAGUGGUGAGUUGAGGUACUCUCUGCUCCAUAUGAAGAGGUUUGAAGGCCUUGUUGCUCAGGGUAAGAGUCCCACAGUGGAGCUGCUUGUUGACUGGGGGACCAGUAACAGCACAGUGGGUGAACUGGUGGACAUUUUGAAGAGUCACAAGUUAUUUGCUGCUGCAAGUGUCCUGCUACCUGAGGGAAAUGCCGUAUCACAAGAGACACAGCAGGCCUCUCCAAAUGUGGAAACAUACGACAUGCUUUCAACUAGACCACUGGAAGAGACGGAGACACGACCCCCACCGGACAUCACUGUUCUGCUGCCACAGGCUCCUCUGGAGAGCAGUGGGCCAGACAACACAGUAGGAUUCUCCAGUUUCUUGUACAAUGAGCUGAUGAGGAUUACAGGCAACUUUGAUGACCGCCCCAUAUCAGACGGCGGCCGCAGACUGGGAGAGGGAGGCUUUGGCACCGUGUACAAAGGUCUCCUUAAUGACAAACCUGUUGCAGUGAAAAAGCUCAAUCCAAUGGAGGACAUCUCCCUGGACGAGCUGCGAGUGCAGUUCAACCAAGAGAUCCAGACUCUGCAAGUGUUGAAACAUGACAACUUGGUUGACAUGGUUGGAUUUUCCUGUGAUGGACAGCACCCCUGUUUGGUGUACGCCCUUAUGGUCAACGGUUCUUUGCUAGACCGACUAGCUUGCUUGGAGGGAAGUCCUCCGCUGUCAUGGCGACAGAGAUCCCUGAUAGCUGAAGGGACAGCCAAUGGCUUGGAGUAUCUGCACAGCAACCAUCAUAUCCACAGAGAUGUUAAAAGUGCAAAUAUCUUGUUAGAUGAAAAAUUUGUAUCAAAGAUCUCAGACUUUGGGCUGACGAGGGCGUCGGCCAAGCGGACGUCAACAACCAUGAUGACGGAGAGGAUUGUGGGUACCCGUGCGUACAUGGCACCAGAGGCGCUCAGAGGAGAGAUCACACCGAGAUCCGAUGUCUUCAGCUUUGGAGUGGUGUUGUUGGAAAUAUUGUCUGGACUCCCGCCAGCCGAUGAAAACCGGGAGCCACAGUUUCUGAUGGAGAUGAGGUAUGAUAUAGAUGAUGAAGACGAGGAGCUGACGUUUGAAGACUUCCUGGACAAAAAGAUGAGAGACUGGGAGCUGAGCCAGGUGGAGAGUGUCUACUCUUUGGCCUGUAACUGCCUCCACGACAGGAAAAACAGACGGCCGGUCAUCAAACAGGUCCUGUUGGAGCUUAAAGGAGUCGUCAAAAGUAUUUCCCUGGAUUUUAAGGAAUAGGAGUGAAUCAAAGCAUCCCAGAGAAGAAUUCUGACCCUGCUUUAGUCACGGUGCACACACUGACAAAUUCUAAUUUAAAAGUAUUAAAUAAAGUAUUUUCUUGCAUCAAUAUGUAUUUUUUUAAGUUUAUUUUUAAUGAGGAAUUCACCUUAGUAUUACAGUUUUUCUACAGCAUUUUCUGAGGCUAUUAUGUCAGGUUUGAAAAGACUGAAGGCAACUAUUCUGGUUACUUUUUGUCAUGUAUUUAUUGUCAAAUAAUAAAAUGAAU